ACAGGUACAAGUACGUUUACGAAUUGUUGAAUUUACAACGUGUAAUCCAUGCGCACAAUGCAACCAAUCCGCAUCGAAAUUGGUCAUCGUUUGUGGCGGUGCCACAAUCAAGCAAUGCCAAACAUCAUGCAAGAUUCGAUACAGAUGGAUUCAUAUUGCUAACGAAUCUCUUGUAUGAAGCAAGGACUGGUCAAAAAAUCCCAAUGCCGAGAGAUCCGUGGACGCAUGCCCAACACAAUGCAUUUUGGCGUCGAUUUGUAAAUUUGGACAAAAUCAAUAAGCCGAGUCAACAGUUUGACUUUUCAUUCACCACCGAUGGAUGUUCAGCCCAUUUGAAAAUGAUUCGGCGAACCAGAAACGUUAACACCAACACCAACAAUAACAACAACAAUGAUGAUGCAGUUCCGAAUCCAGAACAACCGGAUCCAGUGCCGCCAAUCAUUCAACGUGCUUACGAUUCAGGACAAAUUGAGAGAAUUAUCGGUUGUGAUCCGGGCUACAGAGAAUUUGUGGGGGUCGUACGCAAAGAUUUAGCGACCGACAAUGAAGAAAAUUUUCUGAAAUCAUCGAAAGAGUGGCACCAUAUGACCGGCUUUUUCGACCGUCAAUACAAACUGAAGCGAUUUACGGGUGAGUUUGAGAAAAAAUGUCGUAAACUGCGUGAAAAUCGUGAAAUGUAUGAGGAAAUGCCAUCGAAGAAAAGUGCCGACUACCGUACCUAUCUGGAUUACCAGCUGGAUAUAUUCAAUGAAUCAUGCGAGAUAAAGUAUCAAAAACGUGUGGUUCGUUUAAAGUUUGAUGCAUAUACACGUACGCAGGUAGCAUUGCAUGUGUUGGUAAAGCAAAUGACAAAAGUCGAUCGUAGAAUGUCGGAUGCUGAGAAAACAGUGAUAUUGGCAUUUGGUGGUGCAAAAUUUGCAUCAAACUCACCCAUCAAAGGAUAUCUACGGUGUCCGCAUCGUGCAUUGCAACAAAUGGCACGUGAAUAUGUAUUCGUUUUGCCAAUCAACGAACACAACACAUCGCAGAAGUGUAGUCGAUCAGGACGUAAGCUGAAGAAACGAAGAAGUGUACCAGAACGUCAAUCAAAAGACCGUUUUCUAGUUUGCCCCAACUGUAAACCGGUCGAAGAUGGCGUUUUUCACGAUCCAAUUCAAUGGACAGGCAGAGUUCAUCGUACUUUCAAAAAGAAACAUCCAAAAUGGAAAUACCGUUCCAUAUGUACAUUCCAUCGACCGGUUCCAGAAGCAGAAGCAAAUCCAAAUCCACCACCAAGACAAAAGAAAAAGAGAUACCAGAAGCAGUUGGAACGGAAAACAACAGUUAUAUUCAAUCGCGACAUAAAUGCAGCGAGAAAUAUGAUUAAGAAAGGAUUGUACAUGUUGAAUCAUCUGCCGAUGCCAAAUUGUUUUCGACCAUUCAGGCAUCAACUCCAUUAUUACUACAAUUAAAAUCAAAAAUAAAAUUAUAAGCACGGACGUCUACGCGAACAUUCUCACAAUGGGAAUCUCAUUGUUUCAAACAAUGAUACCAAGACGUAGUAGUGGACGAUGCUAACAAGUA